CAGCACAGAGGGAGAAGGGAAGAGAGAGAGAGAACUGGGAGGCAGAGAGAAGUGGAUAUGAAAAUGCUCCCCGAGCUGGAACGAGCCACUCUUCUGUAGCAUGAAUCUCACCAGAUCCUUGAGCCGCUUCGCAGAAAUGACCACUUUCGGAAAACUGCACGCAUCUCAGAGCCUGCGGGAGCUAUAGUCGACGCCCCUCGGGGAGAAGCACAGCCUGUGAUCCGGGCUGCAGAGAAAAGAUCUAGUUGGAGCUGUCAUUUCCUGGCUGGAGUUUUUCUUGUGAGCACACUUGUUGCAUGCACCCCAGUGUGCAGCGCCUGCGCCCGGGGGUUAUGAGGUGAUGGGCACGAGAGUGCUGACAUUCAGAUAAGCAUCUGCGCCCCUGUGGGGACUCCAGGAGCCAUCAGGCACCCAGGACACUUGUGUUCUCUCUGCCUGCAAUACAAUGGACAACGGGUCGUGCUGCCUCAUUGAAGGGGAUCCCAUCUCCAAGGUGAUGCCACCGCUACUUACCCUGGCCUUUGUGCUCGGUGCCCUGGGCAAUGGGAUCGCCCUGUGUGGUUUCUGCUUUCACAUGAAGACCUGGAAGCCGAGCACCAUAUACCUUUUCAACUUGGCCGUGGCUGAUUUUCUGCUCAUGAUCUGUCUACCCUUGCGGACAGACUACUACCUCAGACAUCGACACUGGGCUUUUGAGGAUAUCCCAUGCCGGCUGGUGCUCUUCAUGCUGGCCAUGAACAGGGCCGGGAGCAUCGUCUUCCUCACGGUGGUGGCCAUGGACAGGUAUUUCAAAGUGGUUCACCCCCACCAUGGGGUGAAUACCAUUUCCAACCAGACUGCAGCUGCCAUCGUCUGUGUCCUCUGGACCUUGGUCAUCUUGGGAACAGUGUAUCUUUUGAUGGAGAGCCAUCUGUGUGUGCAGGAGAAGGUGCUGUCUUGUGAAAGCUUCAUCAUGGAGUCAGCCAAUGGCUGGCACGACAUCAUGUUCCAGCUAGAGUUCUUCCUGCCUCUUGUCAUCAUUUUGUUUUGCUCUUUCAAAGUUAUUUGGAGUCUGAGGCAGAGGCAGCAGUUGGCCAGGCAGACUCGGAUGAAGAGGGCCACCCGCUUCAUCAUGGUGGUGGCUGCCGUGUUCAUUACAUGCUACUUGCCCAGCGUGUUGGCCAGACUGUAUUUCCUCUGGACAGUGCCCUCCAGUGCCUGUGACCCCUCCGUCCACGUAGCUCUCCAUGUGACCCUGAGUUUCACCUACCUGAACAGCAUGCUGGAUCCCCUGGUGUAUUAUUUUUCAAGUCCUUCAUUCCCCAAAUUCUAUACCAAGCUCAAAAUCUGUACUUUGAGGCCCAAGCGCCCAGGACUGUCAAAGACACGAAGGUCUGAAGAGAUGCCAAUUCCGAAUCUCUGUCGUAAGAGUUGCAUCGAUGUGCCAGAUAAUUUCCAAAGGCCAUCGGACGGCCAGUGAGAUCUCCAAGUGUGUUGAAUGGCACUAACACUAACAGACCAGCAGCAAGGCAGGCAGAUGGGCGACUGUGAGUUGCUAAAGAGUGGGGAUCUUUGAAAAUGUCUCCACCCUUUCAAAGCUGUAUUCUCCUCACCCAGAGACAUGAAAUCCAUGUUACUCUACGUUUUUGGAAGGUUCCUGUUGGUUGAAGUGAGUUGGUUGCAUUUAUAUAAUGUGGUUCAAUGAAUGAUAAGGGACUGUCUGUGCAUGUAAUAGAUGUGUAGUGAAGCAUGUGUGUGUGUGUUGGAUUAGGAAUUGCUCAGCUCCUGUGUAAACUUUAACAGCUGAGAAAAUAGCUAUGAGUAUUUAUCAGGUCAUGUUCUUGUUCUGGGGGAGUUAAUAAAUUUGAUAACUUAUCAGUAUUUUCUGUCCUCUGACAGAACUGAAAAAAAAAAUAGAAACUGGACAGAGUCAAGUCUUACUUCAGGCUGAGUAGCCCGUACACAGGGAUGUCUUGGUCCUAUUUUUAGCUUCCUGUACACCCCUGUCCAUUUCCAUAUGAAUCCCAGAGCUCUUCCCACCC